AUGGACUCCUCGUUGCUUGAGGUCUGGCAAGCUGCUGCUAGCACGCCGUUCCGACCCGCUGUCGCCAAGGAUUCCCAAUUCUUCAUUGCGUUUCUCCUUCUCCUCAUUGGCGUUGCGAUUACUGGAUUCUUUGCUCUGAACCGGUCCUUCAUCAACAUCACAGCGCUCGGUGUGCCUGCCUCAGCUGCAAUUGCUGCGGUACCGCAGCCGCUGUUCCGUGCCGUGGCCAGCUCGACGAGACCAUUAUACCAGUUGCUGAGGACCAUCAGCUUCUCCAACAAGGUCCAUGUUCAACUCCAGGAAGAUGGCAUCAGGAAUAUUGACCAUGGUCUAGGUACUGCCUUCCUCGACAAGAAGCUCUUCACCUCCUACUCUCUGAAUCUUGCGGAGGACGAGCCAUUGCCAAAUUUCCAAAUUACACUCCCAGCGCUCCUCGAAACACUUCAGAUUUUUGGCGCCGUGGAUGUCGCAACACGCACGCAAAAGGCCGAGCAGGACCCGUACCGCAGCAAUCUCCGCAACUACCGACCAGAUGCGUUUAGUAACCAUAUUUUGGGAAUUGGCGGGACUUGCAGCCUGGUAUAUGUUGAAGAGGGCGGCCAAUUCAACAUAAUAAUCGAAGAAAGCGGCGUCAAAACUACCGCCAGCCUCACGACCUAUCUGCCGGAAAUCCCAGAGGAGAUACCCUUUGACCGGGAGAACCUCUCUUUCAAAAUCAUCAUGCAGGCGCGCUACCUUCUCGACGCCUUGGCCGAGCUUGCGCCCACCGGCCCCAGCCGCCUAACCAUAUCAGCCUCGAAGAGCCAACCCUACCUUUCCCUUUCCGGUGCUGGCGACCUGGGGUCUUCCAGCGUGGAUUUUGCCAAAGGCCGUGAGCUACUGGAGACGUUCUCUAUCCAGGAUCGAUGGACCCAGACGUACAAAUUUGAUCUGAUCAAGUCUUCGAGCGAGGCGAUGCGGAUCGCUAGCAAAAUUAGCUUCCGAGGCGACGCCCAGGGCGUUCUAAGCUUGCAGUUCAUGGUUGAGGUGGAGGGCGGCGGAGUAAGCUUCUUGGACUUUCGGUUUGUACCUUUCAUCACGCACGAGGACGACGAGGAUGAAGAUGGCCAGGAUGAAGAUGAAGAUGAAUGA